UAUUUAAAUACUUCCUGCGUAUUAACUAGGAUGGCGUCCGUGGUGUUGCGGCAAUUUCGAAGGGAAUAGUGAGUUUUGAAAAUUUUGACAACGACCUCGAGAAUGGCAGAUAAUCAACAAAGUCGAUUUGAAAAGUCUCUCGGCCUGUUAACAACUCGUUUUGUUACUUUAUUGCAGAAAGCGAAAGACGGUGUCCUUGACUUAAAAGUAGCGGCUGAUAUUUUAGAAGUGCGACAAAAAAGACGAAUUUAUGAUAUUACCAACGUUCUAGAAGGCAUUGGACUUAUAGAAAAGAAAAGCAAAAAUAGUAUCCAAUGGAAAGGAGCUGGUCCAGGUUGCAACACUCAAGAAGUUGGUGAAAAGUUGACUGAUUUAAAAGAUGAGAUUAAAAAAUUAGAAGAUCAUGAACAGUUGUUAGAUAUACAUACUCAGUGGAUUCAACAAAGUAUAAAGAAUAUAGAAAAUGACUUAAUUAAUAGGAAAUAUGCAUAUAUUACUUAUGAAGAUGUAAAGGAAAACUUUUCCGAUGAUUUUGUAUUAGGAAUUCAAGCUCCUCCUGAUACAGAAUUAAGUGUACCAAAUAUAUUGCAGACAUCUGAAGAAGAAGAAAAAGAAAUAAAUUAUGAAAUGUUUCUGAAAAGUAGUUCAGGAGAAAUUAAAGUGUAUAUGAUUCAACCAGAAUUAGCUAAAACAUAUGAUAAUAAAAUAUUAGAAAUGAGAUUACAAGAAGUAAAAGGUACUAAAAGAGGGAAAGAGGAAGAAGAAAAAAAAGAAGAAACAAAUGUUAAACCAAAGAGAAGAGUAGGAAGGCGACCAAAAGGAGCUAGUAAACCGGAUCCUAUUGUUUCUGAUGAAGACGAAGAAGAAGAUUCAGAGUUAAUAGAAGCAAAAAUUGUUCUUCGUGAUGUUAGCAUGUCAGAUAUUGCUCAAAAAGACUUAGAAUUAUUUGAUCAAUUUUAUUCAGACAUUUAUGGUCCAUUAGUAAGAUUAAGUCCACCGCCUAGUGAAAAGGAUUAUCAUUUUAACCUAAGUGAAAAUGAAGGAAUUUGUGAUUUGUUUGACAUCACAGCGAAAUGAGUAAUAAGUUGUAUAGCUUAAAUGACUGGAUGGUUUAUGAAUUGGACAGUGCCAAUAAUGUGCAAAAUCACAUGAAAAAUUUGUUGACAAUUUCUAAAGGCUGUUCUAUGUAUAUAAUUUUAAAGAAUGGAUGCGGAUAACGAUCAUUGGAUACAUGCAGUAUUUUUUUAUUAUUAGAAAUAGAAAAAAAUAGAACAGAGUUAUAAAAAAAAAGAAGAAAAUGUUUAUACAGUCGAUUUUGGUUGAUUCUUUAUUUGAUAAUGUAAUAAAAUACCUUAAUUGAUUCUUUGUAAUCUACAGUAUGUGAUUUCUUUGUAUAGGACUGCGUAGAAAUUUUAACCUUAUAUGCAUACAACACGAAAAUGUUGUUGACAUGUGAUUGUUACAUAUAAGGGUAAUAUUUUUACAAACAAUGUACUACAGUUAACAUUGUUUUUAGAAAUAUUUGAGUAUGCAUUGUUUAUUAAACUAUGUAAUUUUUUUACAUACAUAGUUUCGAUUGAAAUCAUUCAAGACAAUACAGAUGUAUAUUAUGUAUAAUUGUAUGAAUUUGAACGGGUAGAACAUAUAUAACAUUGACAGGAUUUAUUAUAUAGUAUGAGUACCAGUGUACUCAUCUUCUUUUUAUAAUAUACUUUCCAUAUCGUAUAUUGUAUGUUCGUUAUUGCAUUCAAUGACAUUUAAUUAAGUUUGUGAAUAUGUAGUUAUUUAAGGAAUACAUAGAGAGGUGAAAAUAUGGUACAAGCAAAAUGACCAAGAAUCUAAUUUACACUAGAGAAAAAAGUUACAUUUUGAUGCUGUUG